AUGGGGUCAUUGCGCUUGGGGCGAAGAGACUCGGGAACUACUAGACCCAGCGUGCCGCGCGCCCAGCGCAGUGGCUUUCAGGAGUGCCCCGCCAACCCCCUGGACCAGGAGCCGGCAUCCAGGAGCAGGGAGUGCCCAGUGCCCCCUCCCUAUGCCACCCCUGUGAUGCCCCUGUCCCGCUGGCUGAGGUCUGUGGGGGUCUUCUUGCUGCCAGCUCCCUGCUGGGCGCCCCGGGAGAGGUGGCUGGGUGCCCCGGGGGCCUGGCACGGUGCCCGCUGCUGGUGCCAAGCGUGGACAGAGGAGCCUCGAGCACUUUACUCCUCUCUCAGAAUGAAUGGAAACCAGAAAUUGGACCCUUAUGACCAAAGAAAGCAGGAUUUCAUCCAGCACUUCUCCCAGAUUGUCAAGGUGCUGACUGAGGACGGCACGGGCCACCCGGAGAUAGGAGAUGCGAUUGCCCGACUCAAGGAGGUCCUGGAGUACAACGCCGUCGGGGGCAAGUACCAGCGAGGCCUGACGGUGCUGACGGCCUACCAGGAGCUGGCGGGGCCCGAGACGCAGGACGCCGACAGCGUCCGGCGCGCCCUGACCGUGGGCUGGUGUGUGGAGCUGGUGAGGCGCUGGGGGGGCAUCCUGGGGGCAGAGGAGGGGGAGCCUGAACCCGACUUCUCCACGUGAUUCUGUGCAAUAGUAGUUGAAUUUAGACACCGAAUUACUCCAAGGUUAACAGAGGUAUGGAACCUCUUUGCCGGGAGGUACGUAUUUUCUUUUUGAAAUGUUUUUUUGAAAACAUUUUUGGGGAUGUUUAUUUUUGAGAGAGAGAGA